ACUACAGCCUCCGACAUUCGGGCUAUAAUAAGGGCUAAAGGAAGAAGACACGGUCAGUAUACAACAGAACAGCGGGGCGAGAGCUGCUGAAGAGUAAAGCGGAACCAGAGAAGAUGCAGUCAGUGAUCAAACACAAUCUCCACUCUGAGAGUGAAGCAGCUGUCAAUAGGCUGAUCAACAUCAAGCUAACAGCAUCCUACACCUACCUCUCUCUUGGCAUGUAUUUUGACAGGGAUGAUGUAGCUCUGCCAAACUUCUCCAGUUUUUUUCUGGAGCGCUCUGUGAAGGAGAGAGAGCAAGCUGAGAGUCUGCUGGAGUAUCAGAACACAAGGGGUGGAAAAGUCCUUCUUCAGACCAUCGCGAAGCCAAGUCGUGAAGAUUGGAGAGGUGGCCAGGAUGCCAUUUCUUUCUCUCUUGAGUACCAGAAAUCCUUGAACAACUCUCUGCUUGAUAUCCACCGCAUAGCAGGGAAACACACUGAUCCCCACAUGUGUGACUUCCUGGAGAGCCAGUUCCUGCCAGACAGCCAUGAAACCAUUAAGAAACUGGGUGACUACCUCAGCAGCCUGACACGAAUCACCUCCAGCGAGCCCAACGGCCACAUGGGAGAAUAUCUCUUUGACAAACACACUCUGUGAAUAGCUUCCUAAUAGUUAUUAGUACCUCAACAGGCAUCAUUCCUUGAUGAAGAGUGCAAUAGCGUUAGCCAGAUGUUACUCCUGCCAAGUUUCAAACAACAAAAAUGAACUGGAAAGACUGCCUCUCAACUCCUGUCUGUGGAGGCAAAGCCAUAUAAAAUCCCUAAGAAUGAGAUCUUGAGAAAAAAUGUAAUAAGCUAAAAUACCAGCUAUACAUGCUGAAAGUAGUGUGUGGGGAAAGAUUUGUCAGCCCAAAUUAGAUGCCUCAAACUAUGGUGAUAAGUUACAAACCUUGGUGCUAAGAAUCCGUGUGGCUUCAACAAGACUGGCAAGCAGUGUUCUGUGACUGCCAUUUUGUCAUUUUCAUUUCAGGAAAGAGAAAAUUUGUAACUUGGUUUCAAAACUGUUCAUCUCUUCCAUUUCAGAUCAGUCACUGCUGUGCAUUCUGUCAUCUGAUGGGUUCCGUUAAUAUGAAUUACAAAGUUAAAUAAAGUUACAUGAAAUUUACAACAUAA